UGGGCGCUCUAAAAGGCUCGAAUGUCUCUUCCAAUCGUCGACAAUGGCAGAAAGUUUUCAACGCUCUCACACACUUGUUACGAAGACAACAAAUACAGAUUGAGUCUCUCGCAAAAGAGAGACAAUUUCUCGAAGAUCGGAUUAAAUUGCAGUACGGUCGGUGGGUCUUUGAUGUCAAUCAAUUGCAAGACCAAAUCUAUCUGAUGAAUAGGGAUUUUACAGGCGAAGAGAUGAAAUGUAAUUUUGAGGCAGCGAAGUGGGAUCUGAUUGUGGGUCAGAAGCAGAGAGAAGCUUUUAUCUACAAAACUAAGUUGGAUAAUGCAGCCAGUGAAUUGGCAGAUUUUAGAGUAUGGUUUGGCCACCUCUCUCAUAACUGCUGUGAGACAAAAAAUGAUUCCGAGAUGUUGGCUCUAUUGUCAGAGAGGAACUUUGUUUGGAACCAGUAUAAAAAGAGGGAGAGUGACCUUACCAGUCGGUUGAAGAUUAAAAGUACUGAAGUUGAACAUGCAAAUGAGAAAAUACAGGAACUUCUCACUACUAUGGAGCAAUUAAAGUCAUCAAAUGUUGAGAAGGAUAUUGCGAUACUAAAAUUGAAAACUGACAUGGCUGAGCUUGAAGCAGCCUCAACAAAAAAGAGUGACGAAAUUUCUAGACUUUCCAACAAACUGGAAUUGUUAAGAAAGGCUGGAAGCAAUUCUGAUGGAACAGAGGGGGACAAGAACAGAGGCACUUAUUCAAGGAAUACCAUUCUGAAAAAAGAAUCACAUCCUUCACAAGUACUUCAAAAGGGAUGCAGGAGUUCAAAGAGAAAAUCAGUUGACACCAUUCUCAUUUCGGAGACUCCAAAAUUGUUCAAGUCCACGUUCAAGGUUCCAAAAUUGAAAAACUCGUCUCCUUGUGUGAUUUGACAUCUCUAUCCAUUGUUUUCUACCUACUAUUUAAUUGGGCAGCUAUAGAUGUGUAUAUUUAGUUGAGUUUCAAGACCGGUUGAUUCUAUUCUUCUUCAUUUUGUGUUAUUUAUGUUGUUGAUUAAGAUUAGGAAUCAAUCUUUUUUAAUGUACCCUAUGUUGGUCAGUAAAGGCUGUUUGUUAUUUUGGAUCUGCUUA